AUGGUUGGAAAGAUUCUAGUUCAAAACAAUAUGUAUUAGUCGAUAACGCACAUAUCAAAUAAAAUUGAUUCUAGCACAUGGAAAACAAUAAUGUUUACUGUACUAUAUGGUUGUGGCCGAAUGCUAAGUUCAACCGAGGUGGUAUUGAUUAGAAAUCUUGCAUUCAACAUGACAACAACAAGGGGCCAAAUUCUAUCAGGCACAGAUAUUGCACGAGAAAUUCGUGAAAAUCUGAAGCAAGAUGUGAGCAAAUUGAAGAAUUUACUUCCCGACUUCAAGCCAGGAUUAGCUAUUGUUCAAGUGGGAGGAAGGGAAGACUCAAAUGUAUAUAUCCGAAUGAAAAUAAAGGCUGCUAGUGAAAUAGGCAUCAACUCGGAACAUGUCAAGUUACCAAGAAACACAACAGAAAGUCAGCUACUUUCCAAACUAGAACAACUGAAUAAUGAUCCCAAUGUCCAUGGUAUUAUAGUGCAAAUGCCACUGGAUUCAGAAAAUGAUAUAAAUUCUCAUCUCAUAACAGAUUCAGUAUCCCCUGAAAAAGAUGUGGAUGGGUUGAAUACUAUCAACGAAGGGAGGGUGGCUGUUGGUGACUUAUCAGCUUUCAUCCCAUGCACCCCGAACGGAGUCAUAGAACUUGCAAAGCGAUCUGGGAUCAAGCUGGCUGGGGCAGAAGCAGUUGUCCUAGGCAGAAGUAAAAUAGUGGGGACUCCGGUAUCGGAAUUAUUGAAAUGGAAUCAUGCUACAGUUACAGUUUGCCAUUCGAAAACCAAAGAUUUAAAAGAAAAAUGCCAGAAAGCCGAUAUUUUAGUUGUGGCCAUCGGUCAACCUGAACUUGUGAAAGGCGAUUGGGUAAAACCAGGAGCAGUAGUUAUAGAUUGCGGAAUCAAUGCCAUUCCAGAUCCAACAAAAAAAACUGGUCAGAGAUUGGUUGGUGACGUUGAAUACAUAGAAGCAGCGAAGAACGCUUCAUACAUAACACCAGUACCUGGAGGAGUAGGUCCGAUGACAGUUGCUAUGUUGAUGAAAAAUACAGUUCAAAGCGCCCAAAAAGCUGCCGAGCGUUUGUUGAAAACAUCAUGGAAUUUAAGGCCACUUCCUUUGGAUCUGAAACGGCCCGUACCAAGUGAUAUCGAGAUAGCUAGGGCUCAAGAACCAAAGAACAUCUCUCAAUUGGCUCAAGAAAUUGGUCUAUGUCCAAAUGAAGUUUCACAAUAUGGAACAAAGAAAGCAAAAAUUUCCCUUUCUGUCCUCAACAGAUUACAUUCAAGAAAAAAUGGAAAAUAUGUGGUUGUCGUAGGAAUGACCCCGACACCUUUAGGAGAAGGAAAAAGUACAACCCUUGUAGGUCUUGUCCAGGCAUUAACAGCCCAUAAAAAUCUGAAUGCUUUUGCUACCUUGAGACAGCCAUCUCAAGGUCCAACGUUUGGUAUCAAAGGAGGCGCCGCUGGUGGAGGUUACUCCCAAGUUAUUCCAAUGGAAGACUUCAACCUUCAUUUAACAGGGGACAUACAUGCCGUAUCUGCUGCCAACAACCUACUGGCUGCACAACUGGACGCUAGGAUGUUCCAUGAAGCUACCCAAGAAACUAAAGCACUUUAUAACAGGCUGGUACCAACUAAAAAGGGCGUGAGGCAAUUCAGUAACAUUCAACUGAGGAGACUUGAGAAACUUGGAAUCAACAAAACUGAUCCUAACACUUUAACACCGGAAGAAGAAGAAAAAUUCGCCAGGCUCAACAUCGACCCCAAUAACAUAGUUUGGAAGAGAGUUGUGGAUAUAAACGAUAGGUAUUUACGUAAAAUAACAGUUGGACAAUCACCAACCGAAAAGGGACAUACUAGAGAAACAAGUUUCACAAUCAGCGUAGCUAGCGAAAUAAUGGCUAUAUUGGCGUUGGCCAAAAACAUGUCAGAUUUUAAACAGCGAUUAGCCAACAUGGUUGUUGCUUUUGACAAACAGGGAAAUCCUGUGACAGCCGAUGACCUGGGUGCUACUGGAGCUUUACUGGUGUUGCUCAAAGAAAGCAUAGAACCCACUUUGAUGCAAACUUUGGAAGGGAGUCCAGUGUUGGUGCAUGCUGGUCCUUUCGCCAAUAUUGCUCAUGGUGCAUCAUCGAUAAUCGCUGAUAAAAUUGGUCUUAAACUAGUCGGGGAAGAAGGAUAUGUUGUAACAGAAGCAGGUUUCGGUUCUGACAUAGGUAUGGAGAAAUUCUUCGAUAUAAAAUGCAGAGCUUCUGGAGAUGUACCGAAUGUGGUAGUUUUGGUAUGUACAGUAAGAGCUUUGAAAAUGCAUGGGGGAGGACCACCCGUUACUCCAGGAGCUACAUUGAAGCCAGAAUAUUACCAAGAAAACUUAGAAUUAGUCCAGAAAGGUUUAUGCAACUUGAUCAAACAUAUCAGCAAUGGAAGAAGAUUUGGAGUGCCUGUAGUAGUAUCCAUCAACAGACAUUCAACCGACACAGAAGCUGAGCUGGAGCUGGUUCGUAAAACAGCUGUGGAAAAUGGAGCAUAUGACGCAGUUGUUUCUACUAACUGGUCAGACGGUGGGGCUGGUUGUGUGAAGCUAGCAGAUGCUGUUGUGAAAGCUUCCAAAGAACAAAGCAAAUUUGAAUUUCUGUACAGUCUUGAGAUGCCUAUUAAAACCAAAAUAUCCACUAUUGCCAGAGAGAUGUAUGGAGCUGGAGAUGUUUCAUAUUCUGACAAUGUUUCGAAGAAAAUUGAGCAAUAUGAAAAACAGGGCUUUGGUACCUUGCCUAUUUGUAUGGCCAAGACUUCCAACUCCCUUACUGGAAACCCUAAUAUCAAAGGAGCACCCACUGGUUUUACUUUGGACAUACACGAUAUCACUGUAUCUGUCGGUGCAGGAUUCAUAAUCCCGAUAUCCGGAGAGAUUUCCACCAUGCCUGGAUUGCCAACAAGACCAUCCAUCUAUGAUAUCGAUUUAGAUACAGAAAGUGGGGUAGUAGAAGGACUAUUUUGAAAUAUGAAUUGUUUAUCCUGUUGAUAUGAAACAUAUUUUUUUAAGA